AUGUGUCGAAUCAGUCUCUUUCCAAUUCUCUUAUCCGUCCUUGUGACCUUUAGUUUCAUCUCAGUGUCCGGACAGAUUUGCGGAAACACUGGGGGAACUUUCAGACCAAACACUACGUAUGACUCAAACCGUCGACUCAUCCUCUCGUCUCUUGCCUCUAAUGUCACGGGUCGAGACGGUUUCUUCUACAACUCCUCGUUCGGACAAGAACAAGACCGAGUCUACGCGAUGGGCUUGUGCGUCCCCGGAGCUAAACCAAAGGACUGCUCAGACUGCAUAACUGACGCAGUGACAAAGAUGAUACAAAACUGUACUAACCAAACAGAGGCUUUCUCAUGGCCAGGCACCGAAACUCUCUGCAUGGUCCGCUACGCGAACAGUUCCUUCUUCGGAACGAUGGAUCUAGAGCCGAACUCAUUAAGAUACAACACUGGGAACAUCACCAUCAGCAUGUCUGAGCUCGAAAGAAUUUGGGAUGCGUUUAUGACUCGGAUGAUAGAUUCGGCCUCAUCGGGACGCAGUGGAGCUUCAUCGUCUUCUAGUGGUAAGUACUACGCAGCGGAUGUCACGUCGUUGACGACGUUUCAGCGAGUUUACGCGUUGAUGGAGUGUACUCCGGAUUUGUCUCCGGGGAAUUGUGAAGCUUGUCUCCGAGAAAAUGUUAGGAGGUACCAACAGUGUUGCCGUGGGAAUCAAGGCGGCGUUGCUAGGCGGCCGAGCUGUUUCUUUCGGUGGGAUCUUUAUCCCUUCUUAGGGGCUUUUGAUAAUAUUUCCUCCGGAGCACCUCCGUCACAACCUUUUACCGGCGACGGAGACGGUGCUUCAAAGAAAGAUGGCGAUUCCCUUUCAGUGGGAGCUAUCGUUGGAAUUGUGGCUGCGAUCAUUGUCAUCGUCUUGGUGCUGCUCGCUCUUGCGUUUGUUUUUUACCGGAGGAGAAAAUCGCACCAAGAAGAUGAUUUUCAAUCUGGUGAUGAUAUCUCAACUACACAUUCAUUACAAUUCGAUUUUAAGACUGUUGAAGCUGCAACAGAUAACUUUUCAAGGAGUAACAGGCUAGGUCAAGGUGGAUUCGGUGAAGUGUACAAGGGUAUACUUCCAAACGGAACUGAAGUUGCUGUGAAGAGACUGUCCAAAACAUCAGGACAAUGUGCACUACUAGAGUUCAAGAACGAGGUUCUUGUUGUUGCAAAGCUUCAGCAUAGAAAUCUUGUUAAGGUUCUUGGGUGUUGUUCGGAGCCGGAAGAAAAGAUUAUAGUCUACGAGUUUGUUCCUAACAAUAGCCUUGAUUAUCUACUUUUUGACCCUACAAAGCAAGGUCAGUUGGAUUGGACAAUGAGAUACAAGAUCAUUUCAGGGAUUGCUCGAGGAAUUUUAUAUCUUCAUCAAGAUUCACGGCUUAUAAUCAUACACCGUGACCUUAAAGCCAGUAACAUUCUUUUAGAUGCAGAUAUGAACCCGAAAAUUACGGGUUUUGGCAUGGCCAGGAUUACUAUGGUUGGCCAAGCCCUUGAAAAUACAAGCAGAAUAGUUGGAACAUACGGUUAUAUGGCUCCCGAGUAUGCAAUGCAUGGCCAGUUCUCCACAAAAUCCGAUGUAUAUAGCUUUGGGGUCUUAGUUUUGGAGAUUGUUAUUGGAAAGAGGAAUAGCAGCUUCCACGAAACAGAUAGUAACGAUAGCAACUUGGUCACAUCUGCAUGGAAGCUUUGGAGAAAUGGCUCACCGUUAGAACUUGUGGAUCCAACUGUUAGAAAGACUUGUGACAGCAGUGAAGUUACCAGAUGCAUCCAUAUCGCAUUGUUAUGUGUUCAAGAAAAUCCUAUGGAUCGUCCAACUUUGUCGACAAUCAUUUUGAUGCUCACUAGUAACACAGUUACCUUACCUGUGCCUCACCAACCUGGAUUUUUUUUCAAAAGCACACGUGAUCAAGACUUAUCAGCUGAAGAUUUGGAGUCAGGUCAAUCUACUGGAAAAUUUGUUCCUUUCUCUAUCAACGAUGAAACCAUUAGUGAGUUAAAUCCUCGUUGAAGAUCAAUCUUGAUGUCCUUUUAAUACUUCUGAAGUCCUUGUUGCGGUGCUAGAACUUGAAUCUCCCUGCGUUUUCUUUCUCAGAUUAGACGUCCCUCUCACUUUUAUUCUGUGUGAUUGUAAAUUUGUAAUCAAGUUUUGUAAUUUGAAUUUUGGAAGUUUUUAGCUAAUGAUUAAGGGUACUCCAACUUAUUUACCCA